GUUGACCAUGGCUUCCACCAGUGUCUUGUGCCUCCUGGCUGUGUUGGUGACUGUGGCGACCGCCGCCGAGAAGUACACCACCAAGUACGACAGUGUGAACGUCGACCAGAUCAUCGGCAACAACCGUCUGUUCUCCAACUACAUCAAGUGUCUGCUGGACCAGGGCGGCUGCACUCCUGAGGCGGAGGAGCUUAAGAGUCACAUCAGGGAUGCGUUGGAGACAGGCUGCAAGAAGUGUUCCCAGAAGCAGCGAGAGGGAGCUGACAAAGUCUUCAGACACCUGAUCAAGAACAAGCCCAAGGAGUUUGACGCUCUGGAGAAGAAGUACGACCCUAAGGGCAGCUUCAGGGCACGUUACCAAGCCGAGGCCAACAAGAGAGGACUUAAGAUCUAGAACUUCAAGACUGUAUUUUAACUAUUAUAUUUGUUAUUUGUUACCAUUUUUAUUGAUUUUCAGUUAAAUAAAUGAGAUAAAGCAUCAAAACUAAAUCUUUUCUUUCUA